CCACCCGUCAGUAAAAUUUCGCUCAGGACCACAAAGGGCGGCCGUCAAAAGACGAUGCAUAGUCCGGUCCCUCGUCGACGAUAGACGUGGAAAGGCCAAAAAAGAUGCCACUGACAUACCAAGCCGAGGGCGUAUUUACUCCCUCGCACUAAUCCACGCGAAAAGCGUAGCGGACAAACUACCGCACAUGGACGAAGGGACAGUAACCCUUCGGCCACCCAAAAAAAAAAAAAAAAAAAAAAAGAGGGAAGCCGACGGACCGCGCACUUACCGGCCUCGAGCAAUAAAAAUAAAUAAAUUCCCCAAACUUAUUAUUUAUCUCAAGACCGGCCUCCCCAGUGCCAAGUGUCUUGAGCUAGCGACCGAGCUAGCUAUUCCCUUCCGGGAUAGCAACCGUCGCCUCUAUAUGACGAUCGGCUUCAUCAUCGCCUCGUCAUCAUUAUCCGGAUCGGCUCAUCAUCAUCGCCAUCCGCUCAUCACCACCGCCCCCCCCGGCCUCGGGGUGAUGCUUUAUCUCAAGACCGGCCUCCCCAGUGCCAAGUGUCUUGAGCUAGCGACCGAGCUAGCUAUUCCCUUCCGGGAUAGCAACCGUCGCCUCUAUAUGACGAUCGGCUUCAUCAUCGCCUCGUCAUCAUUAUCCGGAUCGGCUCAUCAUCAUCGCCAUCCGCUCAUCACCACCGGGCCCCCCGGCCUCGGCGUGAUGCUUUAUCUCAAGACCGGCCUCCCCAGCGCCAAGUGUCUUGAGCUAGCGACCGGGCUCGCCAUUGCCCUCAUGGAUGGCGACUGUCGCUUCUACAUGACGAUCGGCUUCAUCAUCGCCUCGUCAUCAUUAUCCGGAUCGGCUCCUCAUCGCCAUCCGCACAUCACGACCGGCCUCCCAGCCUUGGCGUGAUUAUUUCUCCUCAAGACCGGCUUCUCAUUGCCAAGUGUCUUGAGUUGGCAAUCGGGCUCGCCGUCCCUUCCUGGAUGGUGACCGUUGCCUCUAUAUGACGAUCGGCUUCAUCAUCGCCUCGUCAUCAUUAUCCGGAUCGGCUCCUCAUCGCCAUCCGCACAUCACGACCGGCCUCCUAGCCUUGGCGUGAUUAUUUCUCCUCAAGACCGGCUUCUCAUUCCCAAGUGUCUUGAGUUGGCAAUCGGGCUCGCCGCCCCUUCCUGGAUGGCGACCGUUGCCUCUAUAUGACGAUCGGCCUUCACAUCGCCUCGUCAUCAUAUGUUGGACCGGCUCAUUAUCGCCGUCGUCCUUACAUCGCGUCCGGCCUCUCGGCUAAGGCGUGAUACCUUAUCUCAAGACCGGUCUUAGUCAUCCCUUCCCGGAUGGCGACCGUUGCUUGGAUCUUCGGAUCGGCUCAUCAUCAUCGCCAUCCGCACAUCACGAUCGGCCCCCCGGCCUCGACGUGAUGAUCUAACUCAAGACCGGCUCCCUUAGCGCCAAGUGUCUUGAGCUAGCGACUGGGCUUGCUAUUCCCUUCCGGGAUAGCAACCGUCGCCUCUACAUGACGAUCGGCUCAUCUCCGCCUCGUCAUCAUCAUUAUUCGGAUCGGCUCAUCAUCCUCGCCAUCCGCACAUCACGACCGGCCUCCCAGCCUUGGUGUGAUUAUUCCUUCUCAAGACCGGCUUCUCAUCGCCAAGCGUCUUGAGUUGGCAAUCGGGCUCGCCGUCCCUUCCUGGAUGGUGACCGUUGCCUCUACAUGACGAUCGGCCUUAUCAUUGCCUCGUCAUCAUAUCUCGGACAUGCUCCUCAGCAUCUUCGUCCUCACAUCACGAUCGGGCCCUUCGGCCACGACGUAAUGCUUUAUCUCAAGACCGGCUCCCUCAGCGCCGAGUGUCUUGAUCUAGCGAUUGGGCUUGCUAUUCCCUUCCGGGAUAGCAACCGUCGCCUCUACAUGGCGAUUGGCCUAUCAUUGCCUCGUCAUCAUACAUUGGACCGGCUUAUCAUAGUCGUCAUCCUCGCAUCGCGGCCGGCCUCUCGGCCAAGGCGCGGUACCUUAUAUCAAGACUGGUCUUAGCCAUUCCUUUACUGGGUGGCGACCAUUGCAUGGAUUUUUGGGUCGGCCCCUCAGUGCCGAUCAUGGCAGGCCCUCGGCCUCGACGUGAUCAUAUUCCCCAAGACCGGUCUCAGUUAUUCCUUCAUCGGAUGGCGACCGUUGCUUGGACGUUUGGCUCGGCCUCAUAGUGCUGACGACCUCGCAUCACGAUCGGCCCCCCGGCCUCGACGUGAUGCCCUAUCUCAACACCGGCUUUGUCAGCGCCAAGUGUGUUGAGCUAGCGAUCGGGCUCCCCAUCCCUUCCUGGAUGGUGACCGUCGCCUCUACAUGACGACCGGCUUAUCUCUGCCUCGUCAUCAU